CAUAGCAGAAGCCUUGAAACCCUCGCACUACUUCUUAUCCUUUUGCCUCUACAAGCUGUAUGCCUGUCAAAUACACUUGUAGAAAAAAUAAAACCAAGGGAGGAACAACAAGAAGUGUUUUCCCGAGCCUGGUGAUCGUAGAGGAAAUGAAAACGUGGUCCGCCGCAGUGGCCGCUCACAGCCGUACCCAGUGUCACAGCCAGUGUCACCCAGUCGAUUGUGCUCUUGACACUUUUGGGAAAGAUGAAACAUUACUUUUCCAAACAAAGGCACCACCUGAUCUGGUGACAUCAGAACAACGUCAUGAAGCAGAGCAGGUGUUCCUCCAGUUACGCAAUACAAAGAACCCCUUCAACCUGUGCCGUCAGUUGUUAGAAACUUCACAGGUGAGUUAUCUCCUGUUUGAGGCAGCUACACUGUUACGUGUUGGUGUCAUAAGAGAGUGGCGGGAUCUGAGCAAAGAGGACAGCCUGCAGCUGCGGCAGUACAUUGUUCACUUUGUGGUCAACCGACGCAAUAUUCCACACUAUGUCCGGGAAACCCUUGUACAGGUGGUGGGCAUCAUGGUGAAACGUGGGAGUGUGGAGGAUCAGGGAGAGGACCGUGGACGCCUGCUGACAGAAGUGGAGCAACUCGUCUCCUCUGGUGAUAACACAAUGAGAAUGAUAGGUUGCAGCAUCAUCAGUGCCCUCAUGCAGGAAUAUGCUGUGACUGUCAAGUCCACAGAUGUAGGCCUCACCUGGGAGACUCACUUCAAAGCCAAGAAGCAGUUUGAGGGAACAGAUCUGAGGCGGAUAUUUCACUUCAUUGUGAACUUACUUGGUGAGGUGGUAAAAGUGGAGGGCAAAAUGAGUGAGGAACUGUCUGCACUGUUGCUGAAGCUCUUAGUCAUAGCAGAGACCACCCUCACCUGGUCCUUCAUAUCUCUGCACUUGCCCAAGCGUCUGAUGAGUGUGUUUGAGCAAGACCAGAACCCUUCACUGCGGCCAGGGCAGCAGUGGCGAGAGACCUUCUUGGAUCCAGCUAUUGUUCAACUCUUCUUCAAGCUAUACUGGCGGGUGCGCGAGGACUGGAACUUGGGUCAUCGUGCUCUGAACUGUCUAGUACAGCUGGCAUCUCUCAAUGGGGCUGUCCUCAUCAACAGGCAGGUCCGCAUCAAGUAUCUGUCACAGUACCUGGAAUGUCUCUUCUCUCUCCUUUCAAGCAUAGAGAUCACUGAAGUGGAGGCACUGGGGGUGAGCAACAUCUUCAGGAAGCUAUUGCUGUUCUUUCCACCAUCAGUGCUUGUAGCACUGCCUGAAGAGAUGUUACGGCAGCUGGUGGAUAACCUCACUGCCCUCACUCUCAAAUUUGCCCAGGGAGCUGCUCAUGAGGAAAUGCUGGAUCAUGAGGACCAGUUGUACAUGGAGGCCUUUGAGCAGAUGCUGCAGUCCUGGGUGUGCAUCCUGCAGGAGAGCAGUAGCUGCAACAGUUCCCAGGUGAAGCAGAGUGCCACCCUCAUCUUUGACACCUACCUCAAGUGUCACUUGGCACCUCCAGACGGAUCAAGAGUAGCAGUGGAUGCAGAUGAAAUCUCUGAGACAGUACAGACAGACCGUGUGGCCUUCAAGGAGCAGCUAGUCCUCAUUGGCUUGUGUGGGAGGCAGGCCCCCGAAUACAGUGUGCCUCUGUUGACCCAACUGCUGGAGGACCGCAUUAGCCGCAUGCGUGCACAGCUAACCCACAUCCACACCAACAACCUCACCAUCGCCCAGAACACACAGCUCGACCAACUGUAUGAAGACAUACAUUGGCUACUUCUUAUAGCGGGCCAUGUUACCACCAUGGACAAUGAAGGAGAGACUGCUCUCAUCCCAGCUGAAAUGGUGACCUACACUGUCAAUGCUGCACCCACUGUCAACCUGGAGGCCACCUUGAGGCUUCUGGCCACCCCUGCACAGAUGGCAAGUGAGGUGCCCAACAGUGCUGCUGCUGAUCCUCUCAUAAGGCUGAUGAGUAUGGUGAUGAGGUUGUGUGAGACAGAAUCCCAAGCCCUGAAGGCCAAUCUAGGUCACCUGCUCAGCCCUGAGGUGUCGUCAUCACUCAUGUGGUUCCUCAGGCGGUUUUGUCUCUCCUACCUGUCACCUGAUGAGUCUUUCUACACUGAGCUGAGUGUGGCACUCACCUCGGCAUUUGGGCGAGACUCCGAGGGGGCAGCAUGGACCCUCAAUUAUUUGUUGUCUGUGGUGGAGCAGAUGCUACGACUUCGCAGUGCUGAGCCAAACCUUGUGGAGGACACUGUCAACUUGCUAGUAACCAUGGUGGAUAGCAAGGAGAGGGGACAGUACUUAGUUAAGACAGAAGGCCUGAUGGAGCUUGUGGCACUGCAGCACAGUGGCACUCUAGGGGCACUAUCUUCCAUGGCUCAGCGGGGACUGAUGCAGGGGCUUGUGAUGUGUGCAGCUGCUAUUGGAGACCCUGAUGCUCGCACUCAGUUCUGGUCUCAUGUGUUGGAUCCACCUGUUACUUCUUUCAAGCAACUCAUGGCUUCAGAAACCUUUACUAAGCAGUACCAGCAAGAAGAUUUGAAGAAACAAGUGCUGUACCAUAUUGAUAAUUUUAUUGGUGCUGUGCAAGGCUGCCUCAUGCCCACUGCCCAGUGUCUCUUCUCUUGGUUGGUGGGUGUGCUUGGAGACAGUGUGCGGCUGCUAGAUCUUUAUCACAACUAUCCUACUGUGGUGGAGACGGUGCUGGAGCUCUUUGUGGAGUGUGGCCGUCGCAUGUUGUGCUAUCUGACACCAAGUGCUAGUAAGCAACUGUAUGAAGCUUCAGUUCAUCUGGUGGGGACGUAUGCUAAGCACAACAUUGGGAGGCGCACUCUUGAGGCUCGUGGGGAAGAGGAUCAGUGGAGAGAUCUACAGCUGCUUAUGGAACUUCUCACUUCCCUGCUGUCCAAGGACUUCAUUGACCUGGCGCCAUCGGGUCAUGGGGAGGAUCAGGAAGUGGUGGCAGCAGCAGACGUGUGUCUUUUUGGCCUCAACAUCAUCAUGCCACUCAUGUCACGAGAUCUACUCAAACUGCCUUCACUGUGCUCCCAGUACUUCAAAAUGGUGACCUUCAUUGCUGAGAUCUAUCCUAGCAAGGUCUGCAUGCUGCCUGAGGAGCUCAUGAAGAACCUUCUAGCAUCCAUUGAGUUGGGCCUCACCAGUUUUGGCGCCGACGUAGGAACAUUGUCCUUUGACUUUCUAGUGGUGCUUGGCUCCUACAUUCACAAAAACUGUGGUCCAGAGCUGCCUGUGCGACAGGGACUACGGCCUUUUCUCAAGCUCGUACUAGACUUAAUCUUGUCACAGCAGAUCAAUUCUGACCUGUUGCAAGCAGCAUCAGCAGCCCUCUACACACUUAUCUGCUGUUUCCAGGCGGAGUAUCAGGAGUUGGUCCAAACUUUGCUGCACAGCCAGACAGAUCCCACCACAGGACAGCGUCUGGCAGAAUCUUUCACACAGCUCACCACAAACGUAGAGCUCACUGCAGAUCGCAUCAACCGGAUCAAAUUCAGGGACAACUUUGAGAAAUUCAUUGCCAACGUCAGAGGCUUCUUACUCGUUAAGUAGAUUGUUGAGUGAUAUGUAAAUAUUCUAAAGUGGAGGAACCCAUGACUAAUGUUCAGUAUAAAGUUUUGUAUUGUAAACUUUAUAGAAAAUUCUUCCCACCCUCCCCCACCUCUCUCUCUCUCUCUCUCUCUCUCUCUCUCUCUCUCUCUCUCUCUCUCUCUCUCUCUCUCUCUCUCUCUCUCUGUAUACAUCUUACAGAGUUUCCUAGUGCUGUGAUGUAUCACUUGUAAAAAGAACUAUUGAUGAGCUUCACAAAUACUGGAUAUCACGUCUGUACAGCAGGUGGAGGCUGGGCACUGGGGUCCCAGACAUGGAGCACCGGCAAGGAAGCACUGACAAGAUUCACACACAAUUUCAUUAUGAGUAGAAUUUUUAUAUAAAAGACCUUGAAGCUUAAUUUAGAUUUUUAGAAAAGUUGGUUCAGAUCCGGUCAUUGUGGCCUUCCUCAAGCUAAUUUCUUGUGUUGCGUCCACUGCAGGUUCCUAGAUGGUGAGAAGUUGUGUUGCAUUUUGUAAUGUCUUGGUGCAGUGAGGGGUGGCCUCACGCCUCAGUUAAGAUACUUUGAUCUCGUUUCAGUAGCUUAGCUGUAGAUGUUAGCUUGAAUUUUUAAUGUUUUUAUGGCCCUGAGGCUUUGUAGGUAAGGCUGGCAGCAUUUGAACUGCCUGUUGGAGUGAUUCAUUGGCAGUGCAGGGUUAUCCUAGGUAGUGAACAGUCUUGCCUUCCUUUUCUUCUAAGGAAGUUAAUAAUGUUUUUUUUACAUUUCCUAAAGUUUGUAUCCAUAGCAAGCAACUGUAGUCCUCUCCCAGUGGACCUGGGACAGCCGAGGCCUGGAGCACUGCUGGCUGGGACAGUGGAGUGUUCUGAGUAGUGCUGAGCCGGAGACAGUUUGAGUGCACAAGAUGUGCAAGUUGUGUGGAACACACAGCAGCCUUGGGAUGCCACCAAGUGUUAGCCUGACUUGUUGCUUUAGGACCAGGACUCCAACCAACCAAUGGCUGUGUUAUUAUUCAAAACUAUCGCACUAAGUCCAUUAUUCAUUUUUCAUAAUUAUAUCUUAACUGCACAUGUUUUUCAUCUCUCAUAGAUAGGGAUAAGCCAGUAUGUAGUUGUCAUGUCAGCUUUGUAUAUAGAUUAUUUAAGAUACAGGUAUUGUACCCCAGUAAGGCAUCAUAAUGAAUGUUAUGUGUAAGUUAUGUCGUGGUAGUUCUUGCAGCAGGAACCUGUGACUGGUGCUGCCUUCUGGUUCCAGCUACUCCUGCAAAAAGCAUAAUUCUUAUAUUUUCACAUUUGAAUUAUAAUAUUUGACUAAUAUCAUGUCAUGGAAUAUAAAGUUAGUACAAUUUGUUGUUUAGAUGGUUCAGCUAAAGAAAAGCUGCUUAGAUAUAUUGCUGUGGCUGAACUGCACCAGUGCUGCAACAACUCUUGGUCUGUAUCCGUGCUGUUUCAGAAAACCUUACAUGCUCAGGUUACAAGUUCUUGUUUUUGCACAUGUGCAUAAUUCUUGGACUAACACAAGUCAAGUUUCCAGCACUCAUAUAUUAUCAUGACUGAUUAUUGAUGGCAUUAUAUGCUCACAAGUUAUCCUGAGGAGUACUCUUUACCACAAAUAAUAUAACAUUUGCAUAGAAAUCAACUUGUUCAUAGAAGUGUUACAAGGAUGCAGUUCUUGUUCACAUCAGAGUGUGGUCUAACUUGAUCUGAUUUAGAAUCGUCUUUCCAUCACUAUGGCAGAUUUUGCAUACAAGUUCACCUUGUUCCCAAUUUGCACAUUUUUGCUUUACACCAGCUGCAGAUAUAACAUUUCCAUUCUAUAGUGUCCCUCCUUGCCACUUUAUAUAUUAAACAAUUAUUUGUCAUUCUUUCAUUGAUUGUCUUUAAAUUAACACACCAUUCUAUGUUUGUAUGGUGAAUUAACUUGUUAAGGAUCUUGGGUAACAUUUCCAAGUAGAAAUUUGUGGUAUUGAGUAAUAUUUCACUCAUUGAUUACUGCUGCUGAUGCUGUUUCUGCAGAAUUGCUGAACGAAAGUUAUUAAAUUUAAUUUUUGCAAGUGUGAGCUUAAAAAGUGUGCAGUUUUUAUUCUGCAUUGGUCAAGCUGGCUAAAAGGUGGAGACUUUUAACUAUCUGUAACACAGAUGCUGAUGAACUCAUCAUGGCAAUGUCUUAUGAAUCUAACAUGCAGCUUGGCUGCAGCAUGCAUUUAGUUCUCGUGGUAUUUUUACUUUCCUUGUGUGUGUGUGUGUGUGUAUAUAUAUAUAUAUAUAUAUAUAUAUAUAUAUAUAUAUAUAUAUAUAUAUAUAUAUAUAUAUAUAUAUAUAUAUAUAUAUAUAUAUAAUUUUUCAGUUUCAAAUUUAUUGAAAAUCUAAGCAUAGAUUUUGGCUGGUUUGGAACCUAAGACCUGCAACUGCCCUGAGUCACUUAGUGCUACAUCAUAACCUGGUCAUAUUCAUGUAAAGUUAUAAUUUAUGAGCAUGAAAGCACAGUGAUUGGUGCUAAGGGAUGGUGUGAAGACAUCAGGAGGGUAAAUUUUGUGUGUGAAACUAUUGAGCAUAAGACAUGUGUUUUGAGGAGGAAGAUGGGAAUUGCACAGGCAGACAUUGUGGUGAGGAUACUGAGCAGCACCAUCCAUGGAAUAAUAGGCAAGUCAAAAAUAGAAAAUUUUAAUUCUUUUCCCCAAAAAUGUUAUCUUUGUUGUCACUUAUUCCUAACAUAUAAGUUAUGUUUUAUGCUAAUGAGGCUUAAGAAGAGACUUGGUAUUGUGUAAGGAAGGUGUUGAGGGGGGCUGCCUUGUGGCCCGCUUUACUCCCACACACUAAAGCUUUAUAUAAUUUUAACACAAGUGCUAGAACUUUGAAAUAUAAGGAUAGUUUUAAUAAUUGUCACAAACAAAUUGGAUCAAACUCAAGUCAUAAACAUGUCAACUUAAUCAUUCUUGUUAGUUGUGGUCAGCCUGAUUCAGUAGUGCUUCAGACAAAGCCUCACUGUACAGCAACUUCAAGAUUCAUAUCACAUUGAAUUUUUAAGCUAGUGUUUGCAGCUUCUCCAUUGUAGGUUGAUGUGUUGGUGUAUACAGUGUAGAAAAUAUAAUUUUCAUUGUAUCAUGAACUACUGAAGGUAAAGAACUUUAUUUUUUUAUUUUAAGUUGACUUUUUAUAUUAAUUGUAUGUAUGUUGAAGGAGUAACAGUAUUAGAUUAGUCUGUAAUGAGGUGCUUGUGUCUAAAUCAGUAUCUUUGUAUACAGUCAAGUCCAUAGUAGCCUUCUCUGACCAUACUUGAGGAGUACAAGGCAAGGACCACUAGUGAGAAGCAAGGAGCCUCUCCGUAAUGGGAGUUGGGCUUAUCCCAUGCAACAACGCACUUUAUCUGGUUGUGACAAUCCAUAAUACCGUCCUUCCUUCUGUGUCUCACAUCCCCUUGCAUUAACCAGUAAGCUAAGAUGUGGCUUUCUGUGUAAAAUUUGCUGCUGUGUGCUGGAUGUCUUUUUAAGACAAGCAAAAAUAAGAGGGGCAUUAAGUGCGUCAAAUGUUAAAUGUUAUGUUGUGUUGUUUUGACGCCAAGGAAUCUCCUUUAACAGAAAGGUUUAUGUAUUUAUGUAUUUAUUUAUUUAUAAUUUGUAUGGUCAACCUAUGUAAAGGUUGUUGCGGAGAAAGUCAGGAAGUUUUUGACUGAAAAACUGCGCCACUGGAUUUUUCACACGUGACAUCUUUAAGUAUUUGGUCAGAUGAAAAGUUGCAUGCAUGUGUGGAAGUGCGAGUGUAUGGCUGUGUGUGGGUGUCAGGUGGUCCUCCCAGGUACUGCGGGAGACAGCGCUAGUGAAAAAUAUUCCUGAGUGCUGUAAGUACAACUAUCUCUUAAUAGAGCUUAUGAAACCUGU